GCCAAACAUCGGCUCCAUAUCAACUCCCGCUACAACAACUACUAUACCUAUACCUAUACCAAUUCACAACCAAGACCACCCCUACCUACCUUACGAUCCCAUCGCCAUCCUUCAUCAAUCUACUCACCCCUAAACCGACUCUCCUCCAUCCAUCUCACCAUGUCCUCCACACCCACACCCACACCCACAACAACAAACCUCCCCUCCCAACCCCCGCCCCCCUUCGACUUCCCCCGCGAAUACCACUUCCCCCCCUUCUUCACCCGCCAAACAAACCUAACAACGCACCACUCCCAACUCGAAAAGUGGUCCUCCCUCAUCCUCUCCUACGCCCGCCAACACCGCAUCUUCCGCCUCUCCCUGUCCUACGACGGAUCUCCCUACGAAGACCUCUUCCGCAACCGCAAGCUAGGCCGGUCGUUGCGCUUAUCCGACGCCAGGGAGAUAUUCGAGUUCAUGCGCAAGGAGGGUCGGGCGGAGCCGGUCGCGAGCGGGAAAGACGGUAGUGGGGGGAGUGGUGGGAGUGGGAGUGGAAAUGGAGGGGCGGCGGGCGAUGUGUACUGGGUGUACUGGCGGACGCCGGAGGAGUGGGCGGGUUUGAUCGAGGCGUGGGUUGACGAGACGGCGCAGAAGGGCGCUGUGUUGACGUUGUAUGAGUUGACGGAUGGGGAGGGGACUAGGGGGACUGAAUUCUACGGUCUCGACCCCGACCUCCUCCAAAAAGCGCUACAAGUCCUCGUCAGGCGCGGCAAAGCACAAAUCUUCGGACAAGACCAGCAAGGUGUCAAGUUCUUCUAAGCACGCACCAACCCAAGUCCAAGUCCAAGUCCAAG